GGCGCUAGGCGCCCUGGUCCGCGUGUGGGCAGCGGCAGCAGCUAGGUGUCCGCUGUCCGCUGCCUUGCUGAGGCGGGGCCCACGGCCAACUUUCCGGGUCUGUCGCCUCCCUAGCUCCGGUGGCGCUGCAUGACCUCUGGCAGAGCUCGUGGCACACCUAGGACCGCAGGCUCCCAUCCCCAGCCAUGUCCACCGUGGAGGCCUCGGCCACGGCCGACGCCGCCGAGGCGGGCGGCAGGACGAAGUCCAGCAGUCCCCGCACGAUCCCGCUGAUUGGGGUGGUGACCCCGCAUGAGGAUAUGCAGGGUGUUUUCAAGCCUAUGGACCUUAACCGUAUCAUCAAACUCCUUGAAGAGAAUGAUAAGGAUGACUUAGAAGAAAAACAACUUAAUACUGUCACAAAACUGGUACAAUACUAUCAGAAUGGAUAUCCACUUAGGGAUCUGGCACAGGUGUUUAAAAUCCUGGGUCUGUGCGCAGAAAAAAUUGAAAAGCAGCCCUGCUUUGUAGAACCUGCAUCCGACCUUAUAAAACUGUGUGGCUUGCCAUUUUUGAAAAAGAAAGUAUCAGAUGAAAUAACGUAUACUGAAGACACUGCUAAUUCACUUGCUCUUCUGGGUGAACUGAUGAAAAUACCGAAUUCUAAAUUAAGGAUACAAAUUUGUAAAUGCAUCGUUGACUUCUAUCAUGCGGAGCCUCCAAAGAAGCACAUUCCUGGCUACCAGCAGGUGAGCUCAUCGUACAAGGUUAAGAUGGCUGAAGUCGGAGGACUGGCAAAAGCAAUGGUCCAGUCCGUGUUCCUGAUCGAAAACCAUCUUGUUGAGAAGCUUUGGGUUCUUAAAGUUCUCCAGCAUCUCUCGACUUCCGAAGCUAAUUGCAGUUUAAUGGUGAAAGCCCAAGCCGCCGGCAGAAUCUGUGCUCACCUCAAUGACCCAGAUCCUUCAGGACAGCUUCUAUUUCGUUCAUCAGAAAUACUUUGGAAUUUGUUGGAAAAAUCUUCAAAAGAGGAAAUUAUACAACAGCUUAGUAAUUUGGAAUGCUUGCUGGCUUUGAAGGAAGUAUUUAAAAAUCUGUUUAUGAGAGGCCAUAGUCAUUACGACCGUCAGCUUAGAAAUGAUAUAUUAGUUAUCACUACAAUUAUAGCUCAGAACCCUGGAGCACCAAUGAUUGAAUGCGGCUUUACCAGGGAUUUGAUACUGUUUGCAACGUUUAAUGAAGUUAAAAGUCAAAACCCUUUGGUAAAAGGUCUUAAGCUUUCUAAUUCCUAUGAAGACUUUGAGUUGAAGAAAUUGUUAUUCAAUAUAAUUGUGAUCUUAUGUAAAGAUUUAACUACUGUUCAGCUAUUAAUCGAUGGCAAAGUUAUUUUGGCCUUGUUAACCUAUGUGAAAAAGCCCGAGAGACUCAAGAUUAUCGAGUGGUCUGCAGCGCAGUAUGAAGAGCUACAGCUGCAUGCGAUCGCCACCUUGUCCUCAGUGGCUCCUUUGUUAAUAGAAGAGUAUAUGUCAUGCCAGGGCAAUGCUCGAGUCCUCGCGUUUCUGGAAUGGUGUGACCACGAGGAUUCCUUCUUUCUUCAUGGUAACAGUUUCCAUGGGACCGGCGGCCGUGGAAACAAGUUUGCACAGAUGCGGUACACCUUGCGGCUCCUCAGAGCCAUGGUUUAUCUUGAAGAUGAGACUGUGAACACGGAUCUCUGUGAAAGGGGGGUUAUUCAUCAACUAAUAGGAAUCUUUAAAAAUAUGGCGAGCAAACAUGAUGAAAAGGAAGAAGCCAUUGCUUUGGAGAUCCAGUCUGAUGCAUUGCUCAUCCUUUCGGGGCUCUGCGAGCAUUACAUUCAAAGGAAGGAAAUGUUUGGAACUGAAGGAGUUGACAUAAUUCUUCAUGUAAUGAAAACAGACCCCAAGAAGUUGCAGAGUGGCUUAGGCUACAAUGUCCUUCUCUUCAGUACUUUAGACAGCAUUUGGUGCUGCAUUUUGGGAUGCUAUACUUCUGAAGAUUAUUUCCUUGAAAAGGAAGGAAUUUUUCUCCUUUUGGAUAUAUUGGCAUUGAACCAAAAAAAAUUCUGUAAUCUGAUUCUUGGAAUAAUGGUUGAAUUUUGUGACAAUCCCAAAACAUCUGCUCACGUCAAUGCUUGGCGAGGGAAGAAGGACCUCACUGCUGCUAGUCUCUUGAUUAAACUGUGGAGGAAGGAGGAAAAGGAACUGGGAGUAAAACGGGAUAAAAAUGGCAUGAUUGUUGAUACAAAGAAGCCUCUGUUUACUAGUUUCCAGGAAGAGCAGAAGAUCAUGCCCCUCCCUGCUAACUGCCCAUCUAUCGCAGUUAUGGAUGUCGCUGAGAACAUCAGAGCAAAGAUCUAUGCUGUGCUGGGAAAAUUGGAUUUUGAAAACUUACCUGGCCUAUCUGCUGAAGAUUUUGUCACCCUCUGUAUAAUACAUAGAUACCUUGAUUUUAAAAUUGGAGAAAUAUGGAAUGAAGUAUGUGAAGAAAUAAAAUUGGAAAAAUUAAAACUAGUUGCUUCAGAUAAAUUGUCUUUGGAGUCUAUUACAGCAGCAACAGAAAAUAUUGGAAAGAUGGUCGCCUCCCUGCAGAGUGAGAUGAUUGAGAGCCAGGCACGCCAAGACGUGCAGAAUGAGCAGAGAGUAUACGCAAAGAUACAGGCCACACAUAAGCAAAGAGAACUGGCUAACAAAUCAUGGCAGAACUUCCUGGCUAGAACAUCAAAUGCUAAAACAUUAAAGAAAGCAAAAAGGCUCCAGGAAAAGGCUAUAGAAUCCUCCAAAUACAGUGAACGGCCACAAAAUGCAAUAUUUCACCAAACAGUUAUUAAAGGUCUUAACACAACGGUCCCUUCAGGUCGGGUGGUGACAGUGGAAAGCACUCCUGCCCGGUUACUGGGAGGACCUCUGGCUGACACAGACAUUGCUCUUAAAAAGCUGCCUAUUCGGGGAGGAGCUUUGCAGCGGGUGAAGGUGAAGACCCUGAGUGAGCCGAAAAGGAACGCCCCUAUGUGACACGCUCCAGACCCUUUCUGAAAUAAAUUCUUCUUAUCAUUUUUCA